GCCCAUAUGCAUUGCUGGCUAUCAGCCGUCGCUUUGUUCGUUUUCUUUUAUAAGCCUUUCCUCUACUGAGAAAGACCAAACACCCGCAACCAAAUCCAGUUUCAGUUUGUUCAAUAUCACACUGAUUCAAAAUCCUUUUUACUUCUUUUCUUUUUCCCUUUUCUAUCUUCUUCUUCUCCUUUACUUACAACAACAAAGGAGAGGGAAAGAAAAGCAAAAGGAAGAGUGUAGAAAGAAAAAAAACGAAGAACCCAAAAUGAAACAAAAAGCCUAUCAAUCUGGGACGUUGAUUUGAUGGAUCUAUAGAUCUAACGCUUUUAAAAAACCCACAUGUAUUGCUGUGUUUCUUUUAGAUCUCCGUCGUUUUCAUCUGCUAUCUUUCAGUAGCUAAAAACCAAUUUCUACUGAGAGGACUCCGGGUUUUAUUGAUUAGAAGAAUUAAGUUUUUGGUGGAUAUAUUGCAUCCAAUUUUGGAUGUUGAGGAGGAAUUGGAGGCUGGCCCUGGUGAGAUGAGGGAUGUUAUCGAGGUUGGUCAACUUUCUGAGGGCCUGCUGGCGGCCGUCCUCGGACCCUUAUGUACACACAGGUUCGGAUGCAGCAGGCCGGAAAGAAGGGCUCCUUUGGUACAAGGACAGUGGGCAGCACUUGAAUGGUGAAUUUUCCAUGGCUGUUGUCCAAGCUAACAAUCUUCUUGAGGAUCAGAGCCAGAUCGAAUCUGGCUCCUUAAGCACUCUUGAGUCUGGUCCAUACGGCACCUUUGUAGGCAUAUACGAUGGUCAUGGCGGCCCUGAGACAUCACGUUAUAUCAAUGAUCACUUGUUCCACCAUCUAAAGAGGUUCACCACAGAGCAGCAAUCAAUGUCUGUGGAUGUCAUAAAGAAAGCAUAUCUGGCAACAGAAGAGGGAUUUUUCUCUCUUGUUACAAAACAGUGGCCUAUGAAGCCCCAGAUUGCUGCUGUUGGAUCAUGCUGCCUGGUUGGUGUUGUUUGUAAUGGGACCCUUUACAUUGCUAACCUUGGUGACUCUCGUGCUGUGCUGGGAAGGCUUAUCACGGCAACUGGGGAGGUUCUUGCCAUCCAGCUGUCAUCAGAGCAUAAUGUAGGAAUAGAGUCUGUCAGGCAGGAGAUGCAUUCUUUGCAUCCUGAUGACUCACACAUUGUAGUUUUAAAGCAUAAUGUAUGGCGUGUGAAGGGCCUGAUACAGGUUUCUAGAUCUAUAGGCGAUGCUUAUCUUAAAAAGGCUGAAUUCAACAGGGAGCCUCUAUAUGAAAAGUUUCGUCUUCGUGAACCUUUUAGAAAGGCAAUUUUGAGCUCUGAACCAUCAAUAUCUGUGCAUGAACUCCAACCUAAUGAUCAGUUUCUCAUAUUUGCUUCUGAUGGGCUCUGGGAACAUCUCACCAAUCAGGAUGCAGUUGAUAUAGUUCAAAAUCAUCCACGGAAUGGGAGUGCUAGGAGGCUUGUGAAAGUGGCCUUGCUGGAAGCUGCUAAAAAGAGAGAAAUGAGAUACUCUGAUUUGAAGAAGAUUGAACGAGGCGUGCGCCGGCAUUUCCAUGAUGACAUCACCGUUGUAGUUUUAUUUCUUGAUUCAAACCUUGUGAGCAGAGCCAGCUCAGUAAAAGGCCCUUCAUUAUCCCUGAGAGGAGGUGGGGUUAACCUGCCUGCAAAAACUCUGGCUCCCUGCGCCACACCAAUGGAACUUAAUAUCAGUUGAUGAGGUUGACGGCUCAAACUGUUGUAUCCAAUUCAGUAACCUUAUCUGAACUUCGACAAUACCUUCAGUUCUUAUUAGCAAGAAAGAAGGUGCAGUCCUUAAAUUAAUUUUUAAUUUUUUAAUGUACAAUGUAACAUUUUAACUGGAGACGUAUUCUAUUUAGUUUAUAAGCCCUUGAGCUGGAAAAGGAAAGAAUCAGAAAAAUAGAGCUGCAAAGGUGACAAGACAAAGGUUAUUUCUUUAGGACGAUCAUCUCUAGCAUUCAUUUAACCAUGUUUGCUCACACUGGGCUUUGGGGUUUUGCAAAUUGCAAAUUCAUUUAACCUAUAAUUGUUGUUUGCAUGUUACAAUAAUUUCAGUUAAUGUUGUAACCUUGUAGGCAUCGAAUGGAAGGGACAAUAGUGGAGUGAUUCAUCUCCUUUUCUGGGUUCGUUUUGUUGACCAGCUCUUGUUCUGGAAAUUAACAAGGUUAGCUUCCAUUUAAAUUCCAUAGGACACUCUCAAUUAUUGUGGCUGAUUGAGGGUUUAUAAAGACAAAACAUGGCCAGGAGUCAUGGGUUCUGUCCUACAUUAAAAGGAAUUGGAUUAUUUUCUGGCCCCUGAUGGACCGUGGAGGUUCUUGCCAGGUAAAUCAUUUCUUCUGGAGAUUGGAAGGGAAGGCACAGCAAAAGCGAAUGGGUCCUUUAUCCAAGUGAGACAAGAGAAAUACCAAUCUGCUGCUUCCUUUUGCCCUUUCUGGCAAAUCAUUUAAGCGUUGGACCGGCAUUUGAUCCAGUCCCGCUUUUUUUAAUCUCAAACCCAAGACUCAGUCCAAGCAGCUCGCUCAGGAAUUAUAUUUAUUGCAAGCUAUUGUGGUUAAAUUAGCUAAUUGCAAGUACUAAUAGUAUUAGCCUGAUGCUAAAGGAGUUGAAUUUCACAAAAUUGUGACUGAUUUUGAGAUCAUGGUUUUUUUAAACAUUAGAAAGGCAGAUGUGAUUGGUUACGUUCCUGACAUCAAGGUAUGCACCAAUAGGUUUAACAUCCGACAAUGGACUGGAGAAUAAUUGUAGGUUAAUACCUUCAUGAACUUCUUUCACAUACCUUAACAAGGAACUAAAAGGAAGGAACCAGAUGUUCUG